AUGUCUCACGCUGAGAAAACGCAAUACGAUUCGUUCGCUCCCAAGUAUGCUUCUGUGGAGGAGUUGCCCUGUUCGAAACUGGAGGGGCAGCUUGUGAAGAAUGCUUUGGGGGAUUGUACUGGUUUGAAGGUUCUGGAUCUUGGCGGUGGAAGUGGACUUCAUGCUAGGAGGGCAAUUGAUGCUGGGGCGAGUGUUGUUGAUGUUGUCGAUAUCUCGCCUGAGAUGAUGAAAGCGGGUGAGGAGAUUGAGAAGAGCCUCGGACGAAGGGAUCGCAUUCGUUGGUUAGAGGCUGAUGUCACCAAGCCGGUCACUGAGCAAGUCAAUUUGGAGGAGGGCUACGACAUCGUCAUGGCCAAUUGGGUUUUCGAUCAUGCUACCUCCGUUUCCGAGUUGAGAAGCAUGUAUGAGAAUGUCGUCAAGAACUUGAAGCCUGGAGGCAAGUUCAUCGGCGUGAGGUCAAAGAGCAUCCGCGCCGAGUACAUGAGCUACGGGAAAUACGGGGUCACCUUUACCGAUGUCACUGAGAUUCCGGGCGGCUUGAGGUACCAGGUCAAUUGUGUGACUGAGCCGCCGUUCUCGUUCGAGGCUACUUCGAUGGAGUCGACUUACUCACUGUCCGAUGAUAUCGGAAAGGAGCUUGGACUGGUUGAGAUACAGGUCGCCCCAGCUGCGGAUACUGAACUUGUGAAGAACAAUCGCGAGUUCUGGGAAGACUAUCUGAAGGAUCCCAACUUUGUCGUGGUAGUGGCUAAAAAGGCAUAA